AUGUCACACUCUUCGCAUGCAUGGAGGGUCCCCGACGAUCGCAAACUUGAUUUUUUAGGGGGCGGCGCCGCGGCGGCUCACUCGUGGACCUCCCCAGAUAGGCAUGUCCCUUGUUUUGACGACUGCGAUUUACGGGCACUGCAGUUUAUGUACGGACAUCCAGUCAAGCCAGUGAAGGUGAGCCUGGUAGGACAACCAGGCCCUAGCACACCGAGGUACCCAGGAACAGCCGCUACCAUCGAUAACUCGUCCUUGUUGAGUUGCUCCAGUCUCCAGGGGGCCCAAAGCGGCGAAAACGGGGAUCUGCAAACCUACCGAGUAACAUCGGCAGGAAUAUUUCAGGAAAUCUUCGGCGGACCACUCGGGCAAGUGGGCACAGAAGCCACGGAGGCAAUGCCGAAGAAAAGGGUCCAAGAUUCCAAAAUCCUUGAUUGGUGCCCUGGUUCACUCGAGUCCCUGAUUUUGGACCAUGCGCGGACUGUAAUCCGGAUUCAGAUCAGGUUCAUCAACAAGCUGAUGGUGUUAUUGUUGACUUCUAUAGUUAAUGGCUUCUCCUCUCUCGUAACUUGGUCUGAGGACUGGCCCGAGACAUUCCGUGCAGCAUAA